UCUUUCCAAUUUUUUUAACAAAAUAGUUAAAACCAAAUUUCAGGGGAGGAGAGGGAAAAGGGCAAAAAAGAAUGUAUAAAUACCUGCUUACCCCCAAGUCUUUGAGUGCAGUCCGUUCUUCUUCCUUAGGUUUGUUAAGAUUCCGAAGCAAGUUUGCAGGAAGCAAAUUGUGGAACUGUAGUUUUCCUGCUCGGACAUUAAUCCAAACACUUUGCCUACACACGGAGACAGAGGAGAACCGCCACAUAAGCCAAAGCCCAAGCCACACGGAUAGAGCAAUGAAGUACGUGCUGGUGACAGGAGGAGUCGUCAGUGGGCUCGGCAAGGGCGUCACUGCUAGCAGCAUAGGCGUCGUCCUUAAAGCUUGCGGCCUUCGAGUCACCUCCAUCAAAAUAGAUCCUUACCUGAAUACUGAUGCUGGUACCAUGUCCCCCUUCGAGCAUGGGGAGGUCUUUGUUCUUGAUGAUGGCGGAGAGGUUGAUUUAGAUUUGGGUAACUAUGAGAGGUUCCUGGAUGUGACACUUACAAGGGAUAACAACAUUACCACAGGAAAGAUAUUUCAGUCUGUGAUUGAGAAGGAGAGGCGAGGUGAUUAUCUUGGAAAGACUGUUCAGGUGGUUCCACACAUCACUGAUGCCAUUAAAAAUUGGAUUGAGUCGGUUGCUGUCAUUCCUGUGGAUGGACAAGAGGGCCCUGCAGAUGUGUGUGUGAUAGAAUUGGGAGGAACUGUAGGUGACAUAGAAUCAAUGCCAUUCAUUGAGGCUUUGCGUCAACUGUCCUUUUCAGUUGGACAUGAUAAUUUCUGUCUUGUGCAUGUGAGCCUGAUACCUGUGUUAGGAGUUGUUGGAGAGCAAAAAACUAAGCCUACGCAACACAGUGUCCGUGAAUUGAGAGCAUUAGGCUUGACUGCACACCUAUUGGCAUGUCGAUCUGCUCAGCCUUUGUUGGAAAAUACAAAAGAGAAACUUUCUCAGUUUUGUCAUGUUCCGGCUGCUAAUAUUCUCAAUAUCCAUGAUGUUCCAAACAUUUGGCAUGUCCCUCUAUUACUUAGGAACCAAAAUGCUCAUCAUGCAGUUCUAAAACAGCUUAACUUACUCAGCAUUGCAACACCUCCUGAUUUACAAGAUUGGACCAAGAUGGCUGAGACUUUUGAUAAUCUUACCAAUUCUGUUAGGAUUGCAAUGGUUGGGAAGUACGUUGGCCUGACAGAUUCAUAUCUGUCUGUUGUGAAGGCCCUUCUACAUGCUUGUAUUGCAUGUUCAUUGAAGCCAUCAAUUGAUUGGAUUGCAGCUUCAGAUCUUGAAGAUGACAGUGCAAAAUUGACACCAGAAGCUCAUGCUGCUGCAUGGGAGACACUGAGGAAUGCAGCGUGUGUCUUAGUGCCAGGAGGUUUUGGAGAUCGUGGUGUAAGGGGAAUGAUAUUGGCUGCCAAGUAUGCCAGAGAGAACAAUAUUCCUUACCUUGGGAUUUGCUUAGGCAUGCAGAUUUCUGUGAUUGAGUUUGCUAGAUCUGUUUUGGGAAUCGAAAGAGCAAAUAGCGAGGAGUUUGAUGCCCAAACAUCUGACCAUGUUGUGAUAUUCAUGCCUGAGGGUUCAACAACACACAUGGGAAGCACAAUGCGACUAGGAUCCCGGAAGACAUUACUCCAGACCCCUGACUGUAUUACUGCCAAACUGUAUGGUAAUCCUCAAUAUGUAGAUGAACGGCAUCGGCAUAGAUAUGAGGUAAACCCUCAGGUAAUUGGUGCUCUAGAAGAAAAAGGCUUGAAGUUUGUUGGGAAGGAUGAAACAGGAAAUAGAAUGGAGAUUUUAGAGCUUCCAAGUCAUCCUUUUUAUGUAGGCGUGCAAUUUCAUCCAGAGUUCAAAUCACGUCCCCGAAGGCCCUCACCGCUUUUUUUAGGUUUCAUAUUGGCAGCAACGGGAAAGUUGGAAGCAUAUCUUAACAUUCACCAGAAUGGAGUUUGAUUUGCGUGAAGCUUCAAAAUCAGGCUUACGAGGUUAUUUCUCAUGAGAAAGUGGAAAAUUUUUAGGAACUGAUUAGAUUGAAGUCUUUUGACAAAAAUUUUGAAGAACUUAGGCUGAAACUGGCCUUGUGGUUCAUAUGUAUUCGAAAUGUGCUUUUCUGCCUUGAUUGUAAAAUGUAAAUUGUUAAAAGUUAAAUGCCAGCGGCAUUUCUAUACUGACCCGUACAAGUCAAACUAUAUAUGACUAGCAAUAUGUCAACCAUUAUCAACCAAAUAGUCUCUGUUAUGAAUGGUAUUGGGUAGAUCUCAUGCGUA